CUGCCAUUGCUGACACUGACCGAGCACCCGAUCUCAAGCUAAGCUGAAGCCGCACGUCGAUCACAGGGAAGAAGACACCAACAUGUCUCCCCGGCCGCACUUCCUCGUGCUCACCUUCCCGCUCCAGGGCCACAUCGCGCCGGCGCUCCGCCUCGCCAGGCGCCUGCUCGCCGCUGCCCCCGACGCGCUCGUCACCUUCUCCACUACCGAAGCCGCCCACCGUCGCAUGUUCCCGACGAAGCCUGCAGACAACCCCCAGGCCGCCGCGGAGCCCAACGGAGACGGCCGUUUGGAGUUCCACCCGUUCGCGGACGGCACCGAGAGCGGGUACGUGCGGGGCAGCGACUCGGCGGCGUUCAACGAGUACAUGGCGUCCCUCCGCGCCGCGGGCGCGCGCAGCGUCGGGGAGCUCGUGGACGCGCUCGCCGCGCGCGGCCGCCCCGUGACCCGCGUCGUGUACACGCUCCUCCUCCCGUGGGCGGCCGACGUCGCGCGCGCGAGGGGCGUGCCGUCCGCGCUCUACUGGAUCCAGCCGGCCGCCGUGUUCGCCGUCUACUACCACUACUUCCACGGCCACGCCGGCGUCGUGGCCGACCACCUCCACGACCCCUCCUUCCUCGUGCGGCUCCCGGGCCUGCCGCCCCAGGCCGUCCGUGACCUGCCGUCCUUCAUCACCGAGUCCGCCGAGCCCCACGACCGCUUCCACGGCGCAUACACCGCCAUACGCAAUCUGUUCGAAAACCUCGACCGUGACGCCCCGAAAGCGACCGUGCUCGUCAACACGUGCGAAGAACUCGAGGCGAGCACGCUCACCGCCGUCGGAGCCUACGACGUGCUCCCGAUCGGCCCCGUGCUCCCGGCCGGCGACGAGGCCGGCCUCUUCGAGCGGGACGACGCGAGGUACAUGGAGUGGCUCGACGCCAAGCCGGCCGAUUCCGUGGUGUACGUCUCGUUCGGGAGCCUGGCCAGGAUGGUGCCGGAGCAGCUCGACGAGCUGCUCCUGGGCCUCGAGGAGAGCGGCCGGCCGUACCUCUGCGUCGUCCGCAAGGAUCAGGUCCCGGAAGCCGAGACGGAGCCGCUGCUGAGCAGGAACGGCAUGGUGGUGGAGUGGUGCGACCAGGUGCGCGUGCUCGCGCACGCGGCGGUGGGCUGCUUCAUCACGCACUGCGGCUGGAACUCGGUGCUCGAGAGCGUGGCGUGUGGCGUGCCCAUGGUGGUCGUGCCGCAAUGGUCGGACCAGCGGAUCAACUCGUGGCUCGUCGAGCGCGAGUGGCGCGUUGGAACGCGCGCGGUGGUCGGCAGCGACGGUGUGCUGCGCGCGGCGGAGCUGCGGCGAUGCAUAGGAAUGGCUAUGCGGCGCGAGGGUGCCGCGGGCGAUGAGCGGAGCGCGGCGACGGAGUUGAAACGUAGGGUCGUGGAGGCUCUGGGGAAAGGUGGCUCGUCAGAUCGUAACCUGAUGGCGUUCGUGGAAGGCGUCAGUAGUGGCGUGCAUGUGUGACUGGUAUUCAGUGUUACAGUAUUACCUGCAACGACAAUGCGUGCAUCAAUUCCACCAGCGAGUUUAGUGCACAACGUGACAUGAUCGGUGUAUCUCCCGACCCAUGGAAUUCAUUUCAAGUGAAAUCUCAU